AUGCUCAUUCAUAUUAUUUAUGGCACUCUGACUUUACAUAUCAUACUUAAUGAUUUUUUUGAAAUAAACCUAUAAUCACAAAUCUUUAAUGCUCUGCUUUUACUUACAAUAGGAGUUUAGGUUUAUAGAUUUGCAUUGUAAUGGGUUUUACAAAACAAAGAAUAGGUACUCUUAAUUUAAUCAAAAAAGGCUGAAUAAGUAUUCUCAAGUAAAAUGAAGCAAUUUACAGAGUUAUCCAGCCUUCCAGAGAAAUUGAUAAAGAAUUACAUAAUGCCAAUCUUAAUUGAUGCUAUUACCUUGAAAAACAUACCUCAUACAAUUGCCUUCUUCAUUGCAUUACAAUUAGGCAUAUCCUAUAUAUCGCUAUUUUUAACUAAUGGAGCUGUUCGAAUUAUCUCUGUGAAUGGAUUAUACGCAUUGUAUUAUCAUUAUAAUAAGAAUUAAUAACUCUACGAAACGAUCAUACAAAGAACUUAAAAGUUAGGUAAUGAUAAAUGGCAAAUAAUAAAUCAGAAACUAUAAAAACAAUAGGUGUGA